UUAACGAUACUCUUACUAUGCGUAUCGCAACGAUGGAUUAUGAUACUUUAGGCACCUAUAUAAUCUAGUUGGCGCCCAUGUGCUAAACUACCUGCGCAGGUAGGUUUCAUGACGAUCUCAACCUUCAUGAACUGUAAGAAUACUAGCUCUUAGGCAUCAUGUUCGCUUCUAAGAUCCUCUUUGCGGCUCUCGCCGUCGUCGGGGUAGUAUCAGCCGCCCCGGCUUCCCUUGCCAAGCGCCUACCAGGCCGCGUCGUGAAAGCCGGCGAGCCGGUGGUGAUCGACACCAACUCCGAGUACAUCAGGGUUAGCUUUAUGAACGAUGGCAGCCUGCUGGGCGGAUACGUCGCCAGGGACGGCACCCAGAACGUGUUACGCGUGGUAAAGUCGACCAACGGCGGGCAGUCGUGGGAGCACCUCGGCGAGGUGUUCCGAGGGGAAAUCGCGACGCACGACAUCAACAACGCGAUGCCGCUGCAGCUGCGCAACGGCCGCGUCCUGUACGCGUACCGGAACCACGACCGCGCGGGCGCCGACUGGCACUACACGUACUUCCGCAUCUCGGUGUCGUACUCGGACGACGGCGGCAGGACCUUCCGGUACCUGUCCACGGUCGAGGAGCACGUGCCGUCGGGCGUCAACGGCCUCUGGGAGCCGUUCCUGCGGAUCGCGGCGGACGGCUCGCUCCAGUGCUACUACUCCGCGGAGAACAGCGCGGGCGACCAGGACAACUUCAUGAAAUACUCCACGGACGGCGGCGCGACUUGGUCCCGUUGGAUAGCGGUGUCGGGAGGGGAUAAGAACUCCCGCGACGGCAUGGUUGGCGUUGCGCCUAUUGAUAAUAACGGGAAUCUCAUCGCCGUGUUCGAGAACACGGAGAGCGGGGUCUUCUCGGUGGACUACGUGCUGUCGCACGACGACGGGCGGUCGUGGGGCGAGCGCGGCCGGCUGUACACGGCGCGCGACGGGAAGCUGGCGGGGGCGCCGCAGGUGUACAAUGUGUGGGGCACGCUGGUGGCCAGCUUCAUGACGAACGAGGACGUCGCGGGCACGAGCGGGUACGACGGCGCGCAGAUGAAGGUCGUCACGAGCGUGGACGGCGGCAGGACGUGGUCCGGCGGCGUGGUCACCGGCGAGGCGGCGGCGCACUGGCCGGGCGUUUUUAACCGCGACGCUACGCACUUCUUGGCGCUGUACUCGAAGGAUGGGCUGGGCGCUGUGAGUCAGCUGUAUGAGUUGAAGGAGUAAGUAGAGCGGUGGUGUUGUUUGUCGUGAGGGUUUUUCAUAGACGGCGGGUAUGUUGUAUAUACUUUAGGUAGUUACAUUCGUUGUAUAUAUUCUGGAGGGCGUUCUUUAUAUGAAUUUUAUUUAUCAACACGAACCUAAGUCGAUGGUCCUAUUGCCCAUGUGAAUGUGUAAGGGUUCGGAAAGAUGACCAUCCGACCGCUAAACUACCGCAAUUCGAGAGAUUGACGUUGCUAGGCACCUCCACCUAUAAGGACCCCAUGGACAGUCCCAUG